GGGGUGUGCUGAACGAAUUCGGUGUGUUUCAGGCGUAUUACGAAUCAGGCAAACUAUUCACCUCCACAUCAUCGAACAUCUCAUGGGUACGGCAAUGGUCAGGUCAACAUCAGGAGAUCUUAUGGCUGACGUGAGGCAGAUCGGGUCAAUACAAGCCUUUAUGCUCUUGACUGUGGGUGCGUUUGCAGGACCUGUUUACGAUAGGGGUCAUUUCCGUUGGCUAUUAUUGAUCGGAACCUUCCUCGUGGUAUUUGGCCACAUGAUGUUAAGUCUCUGCACCGAGUUCUGGCAAUGUCUUCUUGCACAAGGCUUCGUCAUUGGCAUCGGAGCCGGUUGUCUGUUUGUGCCAGCUGUUGCGAUCAUGCCAACUUACUUUUCCACCAAGAUUGGACUUGCCCUCGGCUUGGCCGCGUCAGGAAGCUCAACUGGCGGAAUUAUUUACCCGAUCAUGUUUUCUCGACUCCUCGACCAAGUCGGUUUUGGAUGGGCCGUAAGGAUUCUCGGCUUCACGGCGCUUGCCCUGCAGCUCAUUCCGAUCGCGGUCAUGAAGAUGCGCGUUCGGCCUGGCAAGGUGCGGUCCAUCAUCGACUGGGCCGCGUUCACUGAUUUGCCAUACAUGCUUUUCAUCGCUGGAACUAUCCUUGGGUUCAUCGGGCUCUACGUCGGCCUGUUCUAUUUGUCCUUCUUCGCAGAGUCGAACAAGAUCACGGACACGAGUCUGGCGUUCUAUCUCGUUGCGAUUCUGAAUGCGGCAUCCAUCUUUGGCCGAACUCUGCCUAAUUGGGUCAGCGACAAGACUGGUCCUCUUAACGUAAUCAUACCUGGUGCUCUUUGUGUGGGAAUUUCCAUAUUGGGCCUCACUGGAGUUACCUCUACGGCUGGCAUCAUCGUGAUCGCCGUUCUUUUCGGCUUUUUCUCCGGAGUCUUCGUUGCGCUACCUCCGGUUCUCUUCGUCGCUCUCACCAAAGACAAAUCCAAAAUUGGCACUCGAAUUGGUAUGGGCUUCGCCAUGUGCGCUGCGGGCGCAUUGAUCGGUGGACCUGGCGGAGGAGGUGUCCUGGGCACGAAGGAACCACUCAACUGGACAGGAUUGUGGGUUUUUGGCGGCGUGUGUGCAAUCGGCGCUGGUGCGGUCUACAUCUUCCUCAGGACCCUCCUCGUUGGACCCAAUUUAAAGGCCAAAGUAUGAUCGCAGGUGCACAAAGUAACUCGACGUAUUUACCGUUCCAUUUAUCUUGUAGACUAGCUAGACAUACUUCAUGAUAAUGAAUCAACAUGAUUCACGAGAUUCGAAGAGAUGGUCGGUAACUCUGUCGAAGCUGAGA